CCUCACUUCAUUUUUGUUUAUUAUAUUUUGGCAAACAUGUCCACAACAGAGCUAGACAAAAGUAUACAAAUAAUAACGCAAACUGAAGAGUUGGCCGACAAAAUUCUGGCCAACAAACAUGAAUUGAUCGAAUUGGACAAGCGUCGACAGCAGAACAGAGAGGCACUGCGUUUAAUAGAAAAAUCUGAAGAGGAAAAAACAUGGAUUACCAUUGGCAGCAUAUUGGUUAAAAUGAAACGGCACAAGGCUAUAGAGCUACUUAAGAAAGACCAGCAACAAAUAGACCAGGAAAUAAAUGUGAUGCACUCGGAACAAAAAGUGCUGGUUAACAAACAUCGCGACACGGAGCUUAAAUCCCCUUUCUCGGGUACUAAUUUGAAGGCACUAGAUCGCAAGGAGUUUGACGCACUUAAGGCUAAUUUGCCAAUGCUUUAAAAUAGUCAAAUAAACUUAAAUAC